AUGCAGCCGGCGAUACAUGACACUGCAUCGCUACGUAGCAGCAGAUCAGGGCUGCAAUCCCAGCAGCCAUACCAUCCUAUCCAGCACCUCGAACAACCCGAUGGCGACGAGCAUCAGCACCAACGGUCUGAGUUACUAGCUCCUUCACGGAGCCCUUCGCCGAUAGAGGACAACGACUCUGAUCAUGUGUCCGAUUUAAGUCGCAGCCCAAGCCCCAUUCCUGAAUCAAGUCCCAGUCAUCCAGCACAUCACGAGUCGGAGCCCAGAUGGUUGCCUUACACAUUACGCUGGCCAUGGCUAUCACUUAUCAUAGCUUUUCCCUUGGGGCUUGAGCUUGUAAUUGUGAUUCUCCAUGCGAUUUCGGUACAAAAUUCCGGCCUGGUCGACUUGGAUGGGUCUAAUAGCAUCCUGCUCCCAUCGAAAUUCCUCCCAACCCUACUGGCAGUCCUUUACGUGCUGUCUCUCUCCGUGCUUCUCGACGAUGUCAAGCGCACUGAGCCCUUCGCUCGUCUCGCCUCAGCAGCAGGUGCACCAGCCAACAAGUCCUUGACGUGGAAAGCUGGCCCAUGGUGGACUGCACUUAGCAGGAGCUUUCCAGGUCGACAUGGUGGUCUCAGGACGAGCUGGGCUAUGUUCUGGAGUGCCUUCGCUUUUAUGCUGGGAUCUCUAGUUGUAUCACCUCUCUCUUCAACCUUGUUGGUGCCCCAGAACGUCGUCUUCACUCAGAGGACCGAUUUCUCCCUGCUGGACAUCAAUGACAGCUUGCCAUUGCAGGUCAACCCGCUGUCAACGACGUACUUCAGAACAGUCAGCAACAUCCUACAGAAUGUUUCGACCUCGGCAUGGAUUACUGAUAAGUAUGCAAUCUUACCUGCAUGGCCCGAGGGGCUCGGAGUGGCACCUCUGGGACCAGUACUCUCUAGCGACAGCGCGACGUGGAGAUCUGCGGCCACAGUAUUCGGCAUAGAGCUUUACUGCGAGCCAUUAACUUUUGAACACUUUGCUUAUGGCAAUUUCACGAACCACCUACAAGAUGAGACCGUGGAAGCCAGUAUCAUCACACUCUCGUCGCCUUCCGGCUGUACUGCGGAAUAUCGGCUUAUACUUGGUAACUCAGAUUUUUACACCACGGGGGCCUCAGCCUGGACCACAGUAGUUGACCAGACCUUGAGUCAACGUUUCGACAUCGCUGCCGGAGCAGCGCAAUACGUGGUUGGCAACGUCAGUUUUGUGUCAUGCGAAUCUCAGGAUGAAAUCAUCGUCAUGAUGAGCGCCUUGCCUUCCCAAGUGUCUGAGCCCCUGGCUGAGAACUUCACAGCAGGCGGUCAAGUGUGCCAGACAACCCCCUACAUGGCUGAGUCUGUCCCCGUGGAGGUCACCCUCGAGGCGGAGGAAUCCAUUGUCAGCAUAGAUGAGGCGAAGUAUAACUCAUCCCGCGCGCCUUUAUCCAAUGACACAGCAGAUAUGCAUCGUUUUCGGGAAGUCUUCUUCAGCAUGGACUGGCCAACCUAUGUCGCCACCUUCGAUUCGACUGGAUCCUUGUCUACCAGUUUUCUGGGGCCGAUGAAUCUGCUCAAUCCCUUAUACGGAACCUCGCCCACUGAGGCGCUGGGCAGCCCAAACUUGGCGGAGAACAUGCAGAGAACGGAGAAUCGCUUCUUCGCAGAACUACUCCGAGAUGCGUUCAACAACAACACGGACACAGUCCCACAACGAAUAUCAGGAGAUGUCAUCACGAACAGGCGUCGACUCGUAGUUGUGCAAGCAGUCGCAAUUACUCUCGAGGUUGUCAUAGGCAUCCAGCUUAUCCUGCUGGCUACUAUUCUAAGAAUCACAAGACUAUCACGGCGGCCAAUGGGACUAUACACAAAUCCCGCGCCUGCAGUGGAUGUGGCCGGACUUCUGGCAAACGACCGGGCCGCCUUGCAGUCUAUCAGGGACGGGAGCGCAGGUGGUGCUCCCAAGACUCUCGAGAAAAGUCUAUCGGACCAGACAUACCGACUAAUCGAGGGUGACAUUAUUCUGGUCAGUAAGGGAGCUGGAGUCGCGCCAGAGAGUGAGGGAAAAGAAAAGCCAGACGUCUAUGAUGGUCGAAAGCAAGCCAAACCCGUUGUGUUCUCAAUCCUUGGCCUGCUAGCGUUGGUUGUGCUGCUGCUGUCAAUUCUAGCUGCCAUUGCUACUUUGUACGCCUACUCGAGGAAACGCAGCCUUUACCAAUCAGCAUUUGUCUUCGCUCUCGACAUCGAGGUCAACGGCAAGAGCUACGGGCAGGUCAAUCCAGCUUCUAUCAUCACCACGCUCCUGGGUCGAGCCUGUACGUGGAUGGAAGGGGAUUUUCGUGUCGUAUGGGUCAUCAUAUCUGCUCUGGGCUGCUCAGAGGGCCGCCAGGAGGGGACAUUGGGUGUUAUCGUCGUCACCGUCGCCAUGUCAUCCUUAUGGACAAGAGAGCCUGGCGAGCUACCAUCGACAGCCAAACUGCUCGCAGAACUAGAACUCCGCCACGUCCCGCGCGUAGAGCCGGGUCGAUUGAGGCAGUCGACUGGUGCCUCUGACCCCGCGACCUUUCCCCUGUGGCAGGCUUUUGGUGAUACGGGCACUUCGUGGAUGUAUAGCGCUACUGUACAGCUCUCGCUCAAUGGAUCUGAGCCCUCUUGGAGCUCGGAUGGCUGGAGCUUGGUACCAAGGGAUCUCUCGGCACUCCCAGAUUCCGAGGCACAGCAACAGAGGUGCGGAAACGACACGGCCUGUUUGUCGGUACAGUCUGUCAACGUCACAAUGCACACGUCGGCUGUUCGAGCUCGUCUACAAUGCACACCAUACGACUUUCUUGAUGAGACUCCAUUGUGGUUGACAGAGUGGAAUCUCACGGACGAGACAUACUGGAACAUAUCAGAAAGUCCCAGUACUCUCGAUCACGGGUACGAGCUCGGCUACGCGACUUACAACAUGACCGAUUCCUGUAGUACAGCUCUGUUCUUGGACAGUCAUGAGCAGUUGCUUAAGGACGCAGGUAACUACAACGGUAGCUGGCUUCCAGGACCCAUGACCCCAUUCUUUGUCGACACAGACCGGCUCAUCUGCUGCCAAAACACCAGCUCGGACGGUCAGAUACACUCAGCCUCCAUUGGGUAUUGGUCCCCUAACAUCCGGUGCGACUCCUCAUACACCUACCCCUACAUCUCAGAUACCUGGCCCAACAACUUCACCAUCAAGUGGAUCCACGGAAGGCCCGUAGAAGGUUACCGCCGCAACACGACAAAUCCAUUGUACACGGGCAAGUCGGACAACGACAAGCGGCUCAUCUGGGCCGAGCAGCCGCAAAUUGCCGCGAUGAGCUGUCUCCCGACCAUCGAGAGCGCCAACGCGAGCGUCACCGUCGAAGCCCCCUCGGGCCGUGUCAUCAGUCUGCGCAUCCUGGACGAGCCCCAGCCCGACGCUGCGGCGUGGUCUGAUAACUUCGCUGUGCACCAGUACUACCCGUCGAGCGACUUGGCGCACAAUAUGUACGGGUACGCCAAUAUCACGGUCAGCUACGGCGUGCUCUUCAUGACGGCCCUAUUGGGGGCUGCGAGCAUAAGAAACUUUGAGGUCAACGGCAAGUCCAGUGUCCAAGGAAUCUUUAAUGAGGACCUUCAUGACCAGGCGUUCAAUAUGCGGGGCCCAGGGCUCAAUGUUGACUACAUGAGCUAUGCCAUGUUGUCACUGGCGAACGGCAGUCAUGAGGCGCUGCUCGAUCCCCUAUUGCUGGAGAGUACGGCACAGAGGACUUUCGAGGUCAUGUUCCAACAUUUUGCCCAGAGUGACCUCGACAAGAAGAGCGGCGGCAAUGUUUAUCAGAGCCCCAGCGAGUCCCUUCCGGCCGACAUCGAUGGGCCCACCGCGACAGCAACGUCGAAGACUCGUGGCCGUCGCCAAGAAGAUUCGGAGAUGGCCUCUGCUGCUACUACAACUGAUAUUCCUGACACGGCCACAGUGGAGGUGAGGAGCGAGGUCGAGAUUCUGCGGAUGAGCACGACCGCUGCCAUUGUUUGCAUGAGCAUCCUGGCUUAUCUAAUUGUCACCUCCGUAAUCCUGGUCAUCGCGGCGCGCAGGUACAAUAAGCUGCUGCCCGUUGAAAUCAGUAGCAUCGCCGACGUGGCCGUACUGGUUGCCGGGAGCGAGAGACUUCUCGAGCUGGCGAGGCAGAGGGACCUACGGCAUGACAGGCAGCUCAAGAGCGGCCCUGAGAGUCUUGCCAAGCUGGGUUGGUUUAAUGGAGCCGAUGGAGAGCUCAGAUGGGGCAUUGAGCUCGUCGAGACUAAUAACCCGACGGGCCCAAUGGGGCAGAGCAGUACCUAG